AGUGUUGUUUAUUAAGUUGAAAACAGCAAAUGAGAAAUUUCAGAGAGAAAGAGAGAGAGAGGAGCUGCAGAUAGCCUUCAAAAGCCAAGCCCCAAUCUUCAAGGAACACAGCCGAAAAAAAAGUCGUCGAAAGGGUUUAAAAAAGCGAAAAGCUUUCAACAAAAAAAUCUGUUUCUUAGGGUUUUCAUUUCUCUCUUGAUUUUUCUCUCCAUUCCAAUUCGUUUAUCGUCUCGGACCGAUCCGACUAAGCUAUUCACUAGAAUCUUUCAGAGAUUCUUGUCAUGCGAUUAUCACCGGCAUCGGCCACGUCAUCGUCGAAGAAGGAGAGUAGAGCUUCGAAUUUGUCGGGCCCUCGGCUUCGGAAGAAGCACAAGAGGCUCGACGCCAUUUGUGAAGAGGAGUAUACCCGGAACCAUGGUGAUUUGAGUGCGGGUAGUGGGGCAGGGCCCGCCAGUACUGAUUUGGAGCUGCGGAGAAGCUCGCGGGUUCGCCGGCCUCCGGUUUUGCUUGAUGUAUCUCCCUCUCCUCCUAGGAAACGGCGCAGGAUUGAGAAGAAGAAGGUGACUUUGAGUGCUGACAGGAAUGUGAAGAGUUCUUCAGCGGUGAGUAGGAAUGUAGAGGAUCCGGGGACGACUGGGAGUUGGAGGUCAAGGUUGAGAUCAAGGGGUAGAAAUGUGGGUUUUGAGGUGAAGGAGGAGAGGGAUUGUAAAAAUGAGGAGACGGUUUUUCCAAAUGAGAAAAGGAAGAGUGUUGAAGAAAUUGGUGGUGGUAGAAAGGAAGAGAAGGCUCUGAGAAGAGAAUUGGUUGAUGUAAAGAGUGAAUUGGAAGUUGGGAAAUCUAUGGUUGUGAAGUCGAAAAGACCUGGGAGGAUAAAAGCAACAAAUGAUUCGAAGAGUGAAGAGAAAGAUAAUGAGUUGCAUGUGAAUAAUGAUGAAAUCAUGAGGGAAGAUGAAUCAGAUGUCAUUGGUAACAAGAGUAAGGAGGAUAACGAAUUGUAUGCGGAUACUGAUGAAGUCAGGGGGGAAGAAUCAGAGGUAAUUGGUGACAAGGGUAAGGAGGCUGUGCUGGAAUUGGAUUGCGAAAUGGGUGUUGACAUUGAGAAGAAAACAGCUGAUGGUAAUGCCCCAGAGAUAGUCAACACAGAGGAGUGUUUGCAGUUAGAGGAUAGGUGUGAUUGCAAUGAAGCCAUCGAAAAUCUGGAAGGUAUGGAGCAUGUUGAUGAACAAGUGGAACAAAUAGAUUCCAUAGUUGAAGGAGACAAUCAAACUGAUGUUGUCGACAUUGUCUCAAAUUCGGCAAAAGAAGUAGAAGAACAUAUAGAGUGUUAUGAUGGGAAGGAUGCCAAGUUGGCUGAGCUUGAUGAAAAACCUCAGAUGAAUGAGAAUAAUUUGAAGAUGGACAAGUCUAUAUGUGCUUCAAGUGAUAGACUGCACAAAUCACAUGUUAAGGAGGGUAGACGAUGUGGUUUGUGUGGUGGAGGGACUGAUGGUAAACCUCCAAAGAAACUAGCUCUUGAUACAGGUGAAAGUGAUAAUGAGGAUUACAGUGGGUCUUCUGCUUCAGAGGAACCUAAUUAUGACAUAUGGGAUGGUUUUGGUGAUGAACCUGGCUGGCUUGGACGCCUUUUGGGUCCUAUAAAUGAUCGAUAUGGUAUUGCUGGAAUAUGGGUUCAUCAACACUGUGCUGUUUGGAGUCCAGAGGUUUAUUUUGCCGGUUUAGGUUGCUUGAAAAAUGUAAGGGCUGCCCUUUGCAGAGGAAGAGCAUUAAAAUGCACCCGCUGUGGAAGGCCAGGAGCUACUAUUGGAUGUCGUGUUGAUCGGUGUCCAAAAACUUACCACUUGCCUUGUGCACGAGCUAAUAGUUGCAUCUUUGAUCAUCGCAAAUUUCUUAUAGCCUGCACAGAUCAUCGACAUCUAUUCCAACCUUAUGGAAAUCAGUAUUUUGCCAUGAUAAAGAAAAUGAAGGCUAGGAAAGUGAAGUUGGAAUUGAGAAAACUUUCAAAUGAUGCUUGUCGAAAGGAUAUAGAGGCAGAAGAGAAAUGGUUGGAGAACUGUGGUGAGGAUGAAGAAUUUUUAAAACGUGAGAGCAAGAGACUCCAUCGUGAUUUGGUGAGAAUUGCACCUGUGUACAUUGGAGGCUCUGACUCUGAGAGUGGAAAAUCAUUCCAGGGUUGGGAGUCUGUUGCAGGCCUUCAAGAUGUCAUCAGGUGUUUGAAAGAAGUUGUCAUAUUGCCUCUAUUAUAUCCGGAGUUCUUUGAUAAUCUUGGUCUUACACCACCUAGAGGUGUUCUUCUUCAUGGGUAUCCUGGAACUGGUAAAACUCUAGUUGUGCGUGCUUUAAUAGGUGCAUGUGCUCGUGGUGAUAAAAGGAUUGCAUAUUUUGCUCGAAAAGGUGCAGAUUGCUUAGGAAAGUACGUCGGUGAUGCUGAGCGCCAGCUAAGACUCUUGUUUCAGGUUGCUGAGAAAUGUCAACCUUCUAUAAUAUUUUUUGAUGAAAUUGAUGGGCUAGCACCUUGCCGUACAAGGCAGCAAGAUCAGACUCAUAGUUCAGUUGUCUCAACAUUGCUUGCUCUAUUGGAUGGUUUAAAAUCUCGAGGCUCAGUUGUAGUCAUAGGUGCAACAAAUCGUCCUGAUGCUGUUGAUCCAGCAUUAAGGAGGCCUGGGAGAUUUGACCGGGAGAUCUAUUUUCCACUACCAUCAGUUAAGGACAGAGCUGCCAUUCUUUCACUUCACACUGAGAGGUGGCCAAAACCAGUUAGUGGAUCCUUGCUCAAGUGGAUUGCAAGUAAAACCACGGGCUAUGCUGGUGCAGAUCUGCAAGCACUUUGUACCCAAGCAGCCAUUACUGCUUUGAAGAGGAAUUUCCCUUUGCAAGAAAUUUUGCUGACUGCUGGAGAGAGAGCUUCUUGUGGUAAACGAAUUCCUCUUCCUAAUUUUACAGUGGAGGAGAGGGACUGGUUGGAGGCUUUAUCAUGUUCUUCACCCCCCUGCUCUCGGAGAGAAGCAGGAAUAGCUGCUAAUGAUAUAGUAUCUUCUCCGCUUCCUACCCACCUUAUUCCGUGUUUGCUGCAACCAUUAUCAACUUUGCUUGUCUCCCUUCAUCUUGAUGAGCGUGUCUGGUUGCCAACGACUCUUUCUAGAUCUGGAAGUAUGAUUAAAAGUGUGAUUGUUUCUGCUUUAGAAAAGAAGAAAAUGCCUACUAAUCAUUGGUGGACCUAUGUUGAUGAUUUCAUUCAAGAAGCAGAUGUAGCAAAGGAAAUAGAGAGGAAUCUCCUGUUCUUCGGCAUUUUUCUUGGAGAUGCUAAUUUGGCUGGCUCUCAAAAUUUUGAUGAUGACACUGAUGUUAACAUUGUGAAGUUUGAACCUUCCCAAAAGCUUCAUGGUGGAAGCCAUGCGAAUCUGUUGCAGUACAUGUCAUCUCCGUCAAGAAAUAAAUCAGGGUUCCGGGUAGUGAUUGCUGGAAGUCCCAGAUCUGGCCAGAGGCAUCUUGCUUCUUGCCUUAUUCACUGCUUUGUUGGAAAUGUCGAAAUUCAAAAGGUUGAUUUAGCAACAAUUUCACAAGAAGGACACGGAGAUGUGGUGCAAGGAAUAACACAAAUAUUAAUGAAAUGUGCUGCUGUUGGAUCAUGCAUGGUGUUCAUGCCAAGAAUUGAUUUAUGGGCUGUGGAGACAUCUCAUCAAGUUAUAGAGGAGAGUGAGUCCUGUUCAACAAGCCAUCAAUAUCCUGAGGAUAACAACUCCUCUGUUUCACAUGGUCAAGCUGUUGAAGAUGAAAAUGCAUCUGGUCAACAGAAAUGCAAAUCAGCAGAGAUGGCAGGGGACCAUGAUUUCGUCCAAAGUGCUUCACAUGCCUGGAGCUUUUUUAUUGAGCAAGUGGAAUCUAUAUGUGUUUCUACAUCUUUGAUGAUUUUGGCUACUUCAGAAGUCCCGUUGUCAGUACUUCCAGUUAAAGUAAGGCAGUUCUUUAAGAGGGAGAUAUCAAAUGGCUGUCAAUCAACUCCUAUGGAGAACACAGUUCCACGAUUCUCUGUGAAGAUUGAUGCGGAUUUCAACCAUGAUUCGGUGAUCAAUCGGUCUGCAGCUGAGUUGUCAUGGGAUGUGGUUCAACAGCUUGUUCAGUUAAUGCACCGAGGAUCUCAUAUUCAUACAUCACCAUACGAGAAGCAUAAAACGUGUGAUUUGAGUGAAGGUGACACUGUGAUGGUAAAUCAUGUUGUGCGUCAUGGAUCGGAUGGGUUAGGUGACAAUAGAACACAAUUUCAUGAUGAAUCUGUUGUUAAAGUUCCCCCGCCACCUAAUAACAGAACUGUCAAGGGAAGAUCAAGCUUGCUGCUGGCAAUAUCUUCAUUUGGUUAUCAAAUUUUGCGAUACCCUCAUUUCUCUGAACUAUGCUGGGUCACGUCAAAAUUAAAAGAAGGUCCUGCUGCAGAUGUAAGCGGGCCAUGGAAAGGCUGGCCAUUCAAUUCUUGUAUUAUUCGUCCUAAUAACUUGUCAGAGAAGGUAGCUGUGGGUUGCAGCUCUGGCAAUGUUAAAAGCAAGGAAAAAUCUGGUUUAGUCAGGGGUCUGAUUGCUGUUGGUUUGUCAGCAUAUAGAGGUGUGUACACAUCACUUAGAGAAGUUUCCUUUGAGGUACGGAAGGUUCUCGAGCUUCUAGUCGCACAGAUCAAUUCAAAAGUGCAAGCUGGGAAGGAUAGAUAUCAGUAUCUUCGUCUCUUAUCGCAAGUGGCUUAUCUAGAGGAUAUGGUUAACAGCUGGGCAUACACAUUGCAGAGUUUAGAGCCAGAUGCUUCAGUGAUAGUAGCAAACUCUAAAUUAAAUGUUGUGAGGAUGCCAGAUAAUCAUCAUGAGGAUAGUCAAGUUCAAUGUGAGGAAUGCAAGCCAGAUGUUUCUAGCAAAUCCAGUGAACCAGAAGUGCUGGAAGAAAGACCACAUGGAUUUGCUGCUGAAAAAAUUCAAUGUAUUGACUUGAAUAAAGAAGAUGGUGACUUGAGUUAUCCUAAUUCUCAGGGUGGAGUUGCUGUUUCGGAUAGGUCUCCACCGAAGACUGUCCUGGCAAAUCAUUCUACCUUGGAAAAAUCGCUUCAAAAUUUGGAAUGUGAUAACCAACUAGUUAUUAAUAUUUUGAAAAAACAGAAUGGGACUGCCUCUGGACCUUGUGAGCCUGAAAAUGGCAGAAAUGAUGCAAUGGUAAAUGGAGAAUCUGGAUUACUGAGAAAUUCAAAUGGAUUUGCAUCUACAGAUUGUGCUGUCAUAUCUGAUUCUGGUAUUAAUUCUGGUGAAUUGACUGGGGUGAAGUACUCUAACACAAGGACCAUCUCCAAUCAAAUCCACUGCUUGCCCGAGACUGCUGAUGCUGGUAGUCCUGAUGUCGACGAGAAUAUUGUUGAUGCCAAUAUCCCUUCAAGCAAAACUGCCAAGCCUAGCAUUCUAUGUCUAUAUCGUUGUUGCUCUGAGUGCCUAGGUACACUUCAUCAUUUGACUCAGAAAAUUCUUAUUCAUGAAUGGGGAUUGAACAGGAGAAAUUGGACGGUUGAGGAUGUUCAUGAUAUUGUUGCAUCAUUAUCCAUGGAUCUUAUUUCAGCUAUUAGAAGAGCUUAUGUCACUGGAAAUUUCAGCAAUCCAGUUAACGAAAACCUUAGGCAUGGCAAUGAAGAAAAGCUGUAUGAAUGUCCAGAGCUGAAAACAUGUCUUUGCAAAAAUUUAGGAAAUGAUACUUUUGUGCCAGUGGAAUGUAGCUGUCACUCUCUGUGCCAUAGUUUAACUACAGAAGCAAAUACUUCUCCAAGUACUGAACUCAGGUUUGAUUUGAAAUUUUUUUUCCGAGACGGUGUACUGGUUCAUAUAGAUCCUGACAGAGAUGUUUCUUUUCACUGUAAAUUCGAGACAUUGUGCCUCUGUUCUCUUAUAGAGUUGAUAGUAAUGACCAAGAAGCCUUUUGAUUGACGUGAUGAUUUCACGGCUUGGAUUGCUUAUCCAUGGUUCCGUUUGAUGCUGUUCGGAAUUUAGAUGUUGAGCUUUCUUAAGAGAGAGAGAGAGAGAGAUGAAAAAUGAAAUCAAAAUUUUGUCAACGUUAGUGUCAGUCUUAUACCAUUCCUUUUAUGUUCUUUGAUGAGCAAAAUUCAGGGACUUUUUGUUGCCGUUUUUUUUUUUUUUUUUUUUUUUUUUUUUUUUUUUUUUUUUUUUUUUUGUUCUGCAAA